AUGGGUAUCCUUGAUAUUGUUCCCGCUGGUGUUGUUACUGGCAAAAAUGUCUAUAAGAUUUUUGAAUACGCUCGUGAGCACAACUUCGCCAUUCCCGCUAUCAACUGUACUUCUACCAGUACCGUAAAUGCUGCCCUUGAAGCUGCUCGUGACAUCAAGUCUCCUAUCAUCAUUCAAUUUUCUCAAGGUGGUUCUGCUUACUUUGCCGGUAAGGGUCUCGACAACAAAAACCAAGAAGCUUCCAUCAUCGGUGCUAUUGCAGGCGCUCAAUACGUUCGUACUGUUGCUAAAGCGUAUGGUAUUCCCGUUAUCGUUCACUCCGACCACUGUGCCAAAAAGCUUUUGCCUUGGUUUGACGGUAUGCUCGAAGCCGAUGAACAAUACUUCAAAGCUCACGGUGAACCUCUCUUUUCCUCACAUAUGUUGGAUCUCUCCGAAGAAACUAAAGAGGACAACAUAGAAACCUGCUUGAAGUAUCUUAAGCGUAUGGCCGCUAUUGAAUGUUGGCUUGAAAUGGAAAUUGGUAUCACCGGCGGUGAAGAAGAUGGUGUCGAUAACUCCGGUGUUGAUAAUGCUGCUCUUUAUACUCAACCUGAAGAUAUUUGGGACAUCUACAAAGCAUUUAGGGAAGUCACCAAUCUCUUCUCCAUCGCUGCUGGUUUCGGUAAUGUCCACGGUGUCUAUGCUCCUGGUAAUGUUAAAUUGCAUCCUGAACUCUUGGGCAAGCAUCAAGCCUACGUCAAGGAGCAGCUUAACAAUACCGAGAACACUAAGCCUGUUUUCUUUGUUUUUCAUGGUGGUUCUGGCUCUACUGAAGCUGAAAUUUCGGAAGCCGUACGCAAUGGUGUCGUUAAAAUGAAUGUCGACACUGAUACACAAUGGGCUUACUGGGAAGGCCUCAGGAACUAUUAUGAAGCCAAGAAGGGUUAUCUUCAAACUCAAGUUGGCAAUCCUGAAGGCGAAGGUAAGCCUAACAAGAAAUACUACGAUCCUCGUGUCUUCAUCCGUGAAAGUGAAAAGAACAUGGCUAAGAGAGUUCAAAAGGCAUGCGCUGAUUUGGGUAAUGUCGACAGAUUGUAA